AUCAGCAAGCUUGCGUGUUCCUGAACAAUCCGGGUGCUGAGCAGGUCAUGAAGCAAGACUUUUGUGACAAGUUCUUUAUCAAAGACACUAUCGCGAGCGAGAUACUCUGACAUGAUCAUGGCACCCUCUUCGUGCAACUCGACGCUACCGGUGGGCAUCGAGCCAGCGAGGAUGCCCCGAAUCUCUUAAUGAUGACCCUUCGAUGCCGUAUAACAUAUAAUGUUUUCGCCUGCAUAAUCAAAUACCGGCGUUACACAUGUUCUGUCAGGCAAAUGCAUUCCUCCUGAAAUAGGAUGUUUUGCUACGAUAAUAUCCCCGGACCGCAGUUGGCCUUCGUAUUUUCUGUGUUAGAACAUAAGUGUCUGCUCCACAGAACUAAGAUGCACGGUUUUUUUAAUAUUGACUAAGAUACUACUAGUCUUCUGUAGUGCUAGUCCGAUCUGCUCCGCGAUACUCAUGAAACGAUGGGCCAUGAUUGAGAGCUCGACCGGGUGGACUGCUCUUGGUGUAGCUUCCGUCGUACUGCUAGCUUGUCCUGCAGCUCGGUCAAGCUCUGCUGCUCUAGAAAAGUUGCUUUUGAUAGGGAAGCUACGCCGAUUGUUUGAGUAUCGUCAAGAAUGAUCGCAAGACCUUCAAUAAGGUCACUCGGAUUAAUAGUCGAAAGAUGGAACAAUGGAGCUGUACCCUAUCCGCUCUUAAAGAAGACUUGCACGUAAUCAGAGAUCUUCUUCGACGAAACUGCGACUGGC